AUGACGAGCGGCUCAGAGGGUUAUGGUAGUGGGACUGGUGUUCUCCCUGCAGGCCGCAAGAGAGCGACGGCAGACAAUGAUGAAGAGGAGGUGGGUCUCAAUGAGUUAGCUGGCCGUUGGGAAUGGGAAGCGGAUGACGGAUCCUGGAAUGUUUACUCGGCCGAGCAUGAGCGGGAGCUUUCAGAGGCUUUGCGGUCCGGGAAUACCUCCGUUCAGCUGUCUCUUCCUUCGAAGAUCACCCUGCGAGUGGAUUUGAAGAAAAUGGCCCAGGAGAACAGCCAGACAGGCUUCGAGAGGAGUGUGCGCUAUGCUGUGAAAGAGAAGGAAGACUAUUUUGUGUGGCAGUGGCAGGGUGACGAUGCCGCCUGGCACCCAUACAGCGCCGCGGUGUGUGCCGAACUGGAGCAGGCGAGGCGGCAGGGGCAGACGACCGUGGACCAGUCUGUCGGACGGGUCCGCUACCGUCUGGAUGUCGGAAGGAUGAGGCAGGUCAACAGCAAGACCAAGUACGAGCGCAAGAUGAACCGCCUUCAGUCAGAUGCAGCCGACCCAGCAAUCCUGAGCGGCGGCGACAGCCCGCAGCCCUCGGACGGAGCGUCCUGCUCGGCCACGGGUUCGGUGGCCACCAAGAAGGCGCGCCAGGAGCAUCCAGAGAAGGGGGACGACGGCGGUCGGCAGGCAGGAGGCGACAGCCAGGGAACGGUGAAGACUGUGGUCGUGAAGGGGAAGGCGGCCGUGGACUCUGAGUGCCAAGAGAAGACGGGCAAGGCCCAUGUGUACGGAGAAGGCGAAUGUGUGUACGAUGCACUGUUAAACCAGACCAAUGUCCAGUUUAACAACAACAAGUACUACAUCAUUCAACUCCUGGAAGAUGAUGCAAAGAGGCAUUUCAGCGUCUGGAUGCGAUGGGGCAGAGUCGGGAAGGUUGGACAACACAAUCUCAUUCCGUGUGGCAGUGACCUGAACAAAGCCAAGGAAAUCUUCGAAAAGAAGUUCCUGGAUAAGACCAAGAACAGCUGGUCAAACCGAGCAUGUUUUGAGAAGGUCGCCGGGAAGUAUGACCUGUUGAGUCGGGAUUACAGUGGAGAUGCCCCUCCGGAUGAGAGUGCGAAGGUGGAAAAGACCCCCAAAGUGGAGUCGAAGCUGGACCAUCGAGUACAGGAGCUGAUUGAGUUGAUUUGUAACAUACAGGCCAUGGAGGAGAUGGUGGUACAGAUGAAAUAUGAUACCAAGAAAGCCCCCCUAGGUAAACUGACGACGGCUCAGAUUAAAGCUGGUUACGUGUCCCUUCAGAAGAUUGAGGACUGUAUUAACCGGAAUGUGAGCGGGAAGGCCCUGGUAGAGGCCUGCAAUGAGUUCUAUACCAGGAUACCGCAUGACUUUGGGCUGAAGACACCCCCUCUGAUCAGAUCCAAGAAGGAAUUACAAGAGAAAGUGGGACUUCUGGAGGCACUGAGUGAUAUCGAGAUUGCCAUCAAGUUGGUGGGCUCGAAUAUGGAGAGUACGGAGAACCCACUGGACCGACACUAUCACUCCCUGCAGUGCGAUCUUCAGCCCCUGGAUCAUGCAACUGCGGAAUUCAAGCUGAUUGAGAAGAGCCUGCAGAGCACACACGCAGACACACACAAUGACUACACCAUGAAACUACUGGAUGUCUUUGAAGUGGAGAGGAUGGAGGAGGGUGCUGUGUUCCGCACUAAUCUGGGAAACAGGCAGCUCCUGUGGCACGGUUCCCGCCUUUCCAACUGGGUGAGCAUUCUCCAACAGGGUCUGCGCAUUGCUCCGGCUGAGGCUCCGGUCACCGGCUACAUGUUUGGAAAGGGAAUCUACUUUGCAGAUAUGUCCUCAAAGAGCGCCAACUAUUGCUUUGCUACCCGUGAGCAUAACAUCGGGCUACUGCUGUUGUGUGAGGUUGCUCUCGGCGAGUGUAACAAACUGCUGGCAGCAGAUUAUGAAGCUGACAAACUGCCCCCGGGGAAGGACAGCACCAUGGGCCUGGGCAGAGUGGCUCCCAGCGCAGGUGGAGCCAAGCUUGACGGCACCCCCAUUCCCAUGGGCCCUCCGAGGGAGACGGGAGUCUCGAACCCGGCUGGCUACACGCUGAACUACAAUGAGUUUGUUGUGUACGACCCGCGUCAGGUUCGCCUCCGGUUCCUGCUGCGUGUGCGGUUCGAUUUCACCUCGCUGUGGUGACCGGGAACCGGGGGCGUGGGCAGGCUCCCGACAACGGCGACCUGCCUUCGCCUGGCACCGGAGGCGUGCGCCCCACACCCCGCUUCCCCUGUGCAGCCGAGACGUGACCUUUCCGAUGGGCCUGAAGACGAGGGACCAAACUUGCUCAGGUUGAACCGAAUUAAAAUUUU